AUGUGGUUAGAAGACGUUAGUGAAUUUAGUGACUUUUUUAAAGGAUAUUUUCUGUAUUAUUUGUUAAUUAUUUUACCUUUAUUUAUAAUAAUUUCACCUGUUAGUCCUGUUGGAGCGGCACAUGAGUUCCCAGUCUAUAGAAUGCAGCAGUACGAUUUACAUGGUUUGCCUCAUGGCUGCAGAAGUUCUUCAGUUAACUUAGAAGCCAGAUCAUUGACUGGUUGGAGUACAAACAGGCAUUGCGUUUUGACAAGGUUGCAAGAUAUAACUUCGUAUCACAUGAGAGAAAUUAGGUCAAAAGCAGGUGCUUUAUUUAUUGUUUUGCCUGAAGAUAUGAGUCUGCCUUCUGCUGAUGUACAGCAGCAAUUGGUAGAAAUAGAAGAUGAAUUAUUAUCUCAAGAAUUAUUUAUUCCAACGUAUUUUGCUUUUUGGACGCCUGAACUCCAAAAUAUUUUAGAUGAUGUUUCAUUUUCGAAAGCAGUCGAAAAGGCCGUUUCAGGUGCUGAAGCUUUUUUCAAUUCUAUUUCAGCAAAUGGCUAUCAAAUAGUUAUAAAUACUAAUCAGGCAGCUAUUAAAAAUGAUGUACAUAUAUCAAACAUUCAAGGAAAAUUAUCUGGCCAAGGAAUCGAAGAAAAUUUACCCACUAUUGCCUUGGUAGCUCACUACGAUAGUUUCGGAGUUGCACCAGAAUUGUCAUUUGGUGCAGAUUCGAAUGGCUCUGGUGUGGCAGCACUUUUAGAAUUGGCCAGAAUAUUUUCUGCCUUGUAUUCUAACCCUAAAACCCAUGCCUCAUACAAUAUUCUUUUCCUUUUAUCCGGAGCUGGAAAAUUUAAUUUUCUCGGUAGUAAAAAAUGGCUGGAGGAUCAAAUUGACGGAUUAGAAAGUUCUCUGAUUCAAGAUGCUGCUUUUGUACUGUGCUUAGAUUCAUUAUCAACUAAUUCUACAAUACAUUUACAUGUAUCGAAACCUCCAAAAGAAAAUAGUUCCAGGGGAAUUUUUCACCAGCACUUGAUUAACGUGGCUGGAGAAAAUAACGUACAAAUGGUUCACAAAAAAAUUAAUUUAGCCGAUGAUUUAUUAGCAUGGGAACACGAACGAUACGGCAUUAGAAGAUUGCCAGCGAUAACAUUAUCCACGUUUAAGUUUAAAAGAGAUUUUGGCAAAAUACGUUAA